GGGUGGAUGGAGAAGAGAGAGAGGAAGAGACUGCAGAAAGAGAGAGCUGAGGAUCCUCAAGGAAACUCGCCUUUGUUUUGCAUCUCUGCGCUUGCUCUUCGGGCAAGAAAUCAAGACUCUACAAACUUCCCUCCUGAGUAGGAAAGCUCAACAGUAAACAGAAGCAAUGGACGUUGCAACACCCGCAGAGAAGAAGGCACCCCCCAAGUUCAAGGCCAGGACCACACGCACCUUCAAGAGCAAGGCUCCAAAGCCAGGCCAGAAAGGCUUCGGCGAUGACAUCCCCGGAAUGGAGGGCCUUGGCACAGACUUCACAGUGGUCUGCCCGUGGGAGGCUUUCGGCGACAUGGAACUGAGCGAUCUGGCUAAAUUUGGAAUUGUUUAGUUGCCCCUCCUGUCUUUCCUUCACCCUCUUCUUCUCCUUGGGCCAAGCCCAAUCUCUCGUGCCCUCUGACCAGCUAUCACUGCUAAGUAUUGCUCAGUGGCACCCUGAAGUUUAGACGAUAUAAACCAUUAAAGAUCUUCAAAAUCAACAAACACUGCAUCUUAAUGAAUGGAUAAAUUGACUUAAGAUACAAGAUAAAACAUCAACAUGACAUGCCCACCCAUGCUUUUAAAUAGGACCAUGUCUAACAGUUGUAAUGGUACCAAAGUGUUUCCAACUGUGGCAGUUUUAAACAUGAGGUAAUAAAAAAAAAAAAAAAAAAAAAAAAAAAA